UUAGUUUAUCAGUUUGUGUUGGAUUAUAGAGAAGGCAGACAGGCAGGCAGACAGGCAGGCAGACAGGCAGGCAGACAGGCAGACAGGCAGACAGACAGGCAGACAGGCAGACAGGCAGACAGGCAGACAGACACACAGACACGGAGACACUCACUCAGCAGUUCCGACAUCCACACGGAGGCACCGCUCCAAGCGCUCCAAGCCGGGCAAAGGAGCGCGACCGCCGGCAUGAAGAUCGAGUUCGCCCCGCUGAACAUCCCGCUGCAGAGGAGGCUGCAGACGGCCGCAGUGCUGCAGUGGAUCUUCUCCUUCCUGGCUCUGGAUCUACAGAACUCUGAGGACCUUCAGAAAAAAGGCUGCAAAUGUUUCCAGCUGCUCCUAGAACCCGGCUACUGCAGGAUGAACCCCUGGAGACGUUCUCCUUUGGUGUUCUCUACAGUGAAUCAGGAUCAGUGCUGUCUGGCUGGCUUCGUCCUGUUGGCUCUCUCUGAUUGGUGGUUGCUGGCUCUGCUGUAUGCUGGUUGGCUGUGGCUGGACUGGGACACGCCCACCAGCGGGGGUCGGCGGUCCGGUUGGAUCCGGAGCUGGACGGUCUGGGAAUACUUCAGGGACUACUUCCCCCUGAGGCUCAUCAAAACUGUUGAUCUGGAUCCAAAGAAGAACUACAUCUUUGGAUUCCACCCACAUGGUGUGCUGGUUGCCGGGGCAUUUGGUAACUUCUGUACGGAGGCUACAGGUUUCUCUCGGCUGUUUCCUGGACUCACUCCUCACCUGCUGAUGCUGCCGUUCUGGUUCAGGGUUCCGCUCUUCAGGGAUUACAUCAUGUCUGGAGGUCUGGUGUCCAGCUGUAAGUCCAGUCUGUCCUACCUGGUCAGUCGUCCUGGAGGAGGAAAUGUCGCCGUCAUCGCAGUGGGCGGAGCUCCAGAAUCUCUGGAUGCCAGACCAGGAGCUUUAACACUACAGGUGCGAAACAGGAAGGGCUUCAUCAAACUGGCUCUCAAACAUGGAGCUCAGCUGGUUCCAGUCUUUUCUUUUGGAGAGAACGAGCUGUUUGAUCAGAUGGAGAACCCGACCGGGUCCCCACUGAGGAGGCUGCAGAACCGACUGCAGUGCAUCAUGGGAGUUGCUCUACCGCUAUUCCAUGCCAGAGGAGUUUUCCAGUACAGCUUUGGACUGAUUCCCUACAGGAAGUCCAUCCACACCGUCGUGGGGAAGCCAAUCUCGGUCAUUCAGACUCCGAGUCCCAGCAGAGACGACAUCGAGAGUCUCCACAAAGUUUACAUGCAGAGUCUGAUCGACCUGUUCGAGCAGCACAAGCACACCUACGGGCUGGACGAGCAUCAGCACCUCACCUUCAUCUGACACCUGAGGACACCUGAGGGGACCUGAGGAUACCUGAGGAUGCCUGAGGACACCUGAGGGGACCUGAGGACACCUGAGGACACCUGCAGCCUCACAGACUUAAGAAGGCUUCACUGAUUUAUGAGGAAUUCUAACUAGUGUUUGAUGCCAAAGACAAGUUUUAUUGUUUUUCUGUGUAAAAAAAUUACCUCAGAUGACUGACAGGUUAGUUAUUACAGGUGUGGUGUGACAUCACAGGGGAUGGUACAGUGUGAUUGGUUGGUGUGGACAUAGGAAUGGCAGCUGUAAGCUCCCUGUUAGCUUACUGGAUGAAUCCAACUGUUAGCUAACUGUUAGCUACCGGCUAGCUACCUGUUAGCUUCCUGGAUGAAGCUAACUGUUAGCUACCUGUUAGCUCCCUGGAUGAAGCUAACUGUUAGCUCCCUGUUAGCUUCCUGUUAGCUCCCUCUUAGCUCCCUGGAUUAAGCUAACUGUUAGCUACCUGUUAGCUCCCUGGUUGAAGCUGUUAGCUCCCUGUUAGCUCCCUGGAUGAAGCUAACUGUUAGCUACCUGUUAGCUCCCUGGAUGAAGCUAACUGUUAGCUCCCUGUUAGCUCCCUCUUUGCUCCCUGGAUGAAACUGUUAGCUCCCUGUUAGCUUCCUGUUAGCGCCCUCUUAGCUCUCUGGAUGAAGCUAACUGUUAGCUACCUGUUAGCUCCCCGGAAAAAGCUAACUGUUGCUGAAUAUUUCCUCACAAUAAACUCAAACCUUGAAUCAGA